UGUGGGUUAACCAUAAUCUACAUUAAUUUGCGUGAUUCGCAGCUGGUAGCCUCGACAUAGAUAACGAUAUAUUCCUGGCCUACAGGAGUUGCAGCGGUAUGGGAAGUUAUGGCAGGCUUUUCCCAUUAAAAAAAAAAGGCCUUUGGCACUGUAUACUGCAAAUGUGUUGAAUAAAUAAUUUAAAAAAACUAAAUUGAAAUCACUGCAUCCGUUCGGGAGUUAUGAUGCCACAGACAGACAGACACGUCAAACUUAUAACACCCCUCUUUUUGCGUCGGGGUUAAAAAUAGUGUGUUUUAACCACCAAAAUUAUAAACUAGGAUGAGUUUUACGACAUUCAUCGAAAGUUUUAAUUUUACAGCCACGGAUUCGGUGAAAACCAAACAUAAGAAGGCAUCUGAGACAUCAAAAGUCUUAAAGAAAAGUUCAUUGAGCUCGAUACUGAAACCGCAAUCAAGUUUAUCAUCCAAAGAUUCAAAUAAACUGAAGAAGAGUGUGUCAAUACAAUCCAGUAAACUUGCUGUCUCGUAUGAUUCCCCCGAAAUAGGCAACGAUCAGGAAAGAAAGGAUUUACAUGACGGAAACGCAGGGCAUCCAUUAGUAACUGGUAGCUGGUCUAAUGAUAAAGAUGUAUUAGAUAAAAUUGUCUUCAGUUUAAAAUAUGCUGAUCAAAAACGGAACACUGAUAACAUGGAACUUCCUGAUUUCGCUAUGCUGUCAAAUGAAACGGACCUAGCAGAUAUGGAAAAAGAAGCCGACCUAGUGGAAUAUAAAUCUGACUGUCCGAAGGUCUGUCCGUCACGAGACGUGCUAGUUUGCGCUCGAUGUCAACAUGGAAUAUUUAGGACUUUCCUCAGCGUAUGUCAUAUGCGAAUGUUCACGUGUAAUCAUAUAGAUGAAUUUUUGCAACUAGUAUCUCGAACCCCCUGUAUUCUGUCUGCUCCCUACUUGUCUGAAGAGGGGAUGGAACCCAAAGGGCGGGUGGUGGAAGAUGAUGAUGACGACAAAAUCAUGAGAUACAUCAUCUGCAGGGAUCAGGAUAGAAUGGAUAAAGAUGGGAAAUCAGCGGACCCGAGGUGCUCGUUCCCGUUAAUUAUAAAAACUAAUAAAUUUUUCUACGAUUACAAGCAUGUCAGACACCCCUUGGACCCGCAUUUGGUGACCAACCAAACUAUCCAUGAAGUAAGGAGCAACUCACAUAGUGAUGACAGUGACGAAAAUAAGUCACAACACACGUCACAUAAUAUAUCUUAAACUGAAAUCUUCAUUAAGGUACGCGACCACAGGCCCGCAUCGUGCGCAUCGGACGGAUCAAUCGCAUCAAACGGAUUAUUUUUUUAGACUGCGUCCUCUGUAUCGCACAAAACAUUGAUUAAGUCUUUGACUACCAAUAGAAAACUGUUGAAGGCAAAUCCUCCGCUACCCCCGCUACCCCCGUGGCGUUUAUAGUGUUAAUAAAGCUGAUUGUAAGCUGACAUGCGUAUUGCCAUCAGAACUGGUCCGUUCAAACUAUUGUGGCUCUUGCCUCAAAAGGCCACUACAGAAUCACUGGCACGGUUCUCACACAUCACUUUUUCAAAUUUUGUCUGGACUUUAAAAGAGACUGUGAUCUCUGAGUUUGUUUCGGCAUUUCUUCUCAGAGUAGUCUGAUAGGAAAUGCCGGCCUCAUCUAGAUUUUAAUAAUUUUGACGUGUUAAAAGUGCUCUUUUGUAGAACGUUUGCAAAAUUAAAUUCAUUGUUUCAUUGUAUCGGUAGCGUUCGGAUUGCCGUCCCGAGUAUUGGCAAUCAGAUUGCCGAUCCCACUUUUUUUGGCAUCGGUAUUCCGCAUGACGUCAUCGGUACACAUCGCAUGUACAUAGGUAUUGCCGAUGAUGCGGUCCGUACGAUGCGGAUCAGUGGACGCAGUUGUAUGAGUUUCUAUACAAGAUAAAUUAAAAUCCGUUGCGUGCGAUGCGGGCCUGUCGACGCUUACCUUUAGUGAGAUAUUAUAUUCGUUCACAUCAAAUGGCUUCAAUAAAAAGUUGGUAUGGGUGGGAAAAUAAAAUUGACGAAUUCAGUACCUACCCUUAAUACGAGUUUGUUUAAAGUAAACGAAACGAGAGCGUGUUUGGCGCUCUGAUUGGCCGACGAGAUUGAACGAACCAAUCAGGAUGCCGUAACGAAUACGAAACGAGAGCGCGUUCGGCGUUCUGCUUCUGCUUGGUUGGUUGGUGUCGAAAGCGCUCUUGUUUCGUUUUCGUUCAACGUAAAGCAAACUCUGAGGGUACUAUAAUUUCCAUUAAACUAGGAAUAAAUUCAAAGGUAACUUUCAGUUUAUUAAAAUAAUUAUGUGUUAAUAAAUAUUGUAAAGUAAACCGA